UGGGACUCGCCCUACUGCACAACAACUCGCCGCAGUGACCUGCCCUGGGCAGGCGGUGCCAUGGAGCCCGAGACCCGCAGCAUCCAGAUUGAGUUCCCGCACUAUGCUGCGGUGCUGCUGGAAUCGCUCAACAAGCACCGCUUGGAGGGCAAGUUCUGCGACAUCUCCAUCCACGUGCAGGGCCGGGUCUUCCAGGCUCACAAGAGUGUGCUGGCCGCCUCCUCGCCCUACUUCCAUGACAAGCUGCUCCUCAACGACACCAACUGCAUUGUGCUGCCCAGUGUCAUUGAGCCAGAGGCCUUUGAGAAUUUGCUACAGCUCAUCUACUCUGGCCGCCUCAAGCUGCUGAUGGAGGCACUGCCCAGUCACCUGCUGGUGGCCAGCGGGCUGCAGAUGUGGCAGGUGGUGGACCAGUGCUCUGAGAUCCUUAAAGAGCUGGAGGGGGGCCCCUGCCGACCCUGGUCCAGCCGGGCAAGCGAGAGCCAGUCCCCCAGUAGCAGCAACUAUUUUGCUGUGAAGGACGAUGGGGAGCCUGGGGGCAGCAGCUCAGAGGGGCCUGGGCAUGGUGGUGUGUCAUCAGGCCGGGCAGCACCAGGCUGCCUUGACAAUGAGGUGAUGAAGAUCCGAGUGUCACAGGAGGAAGAGGAGGAGGAAGAGGAGGAGGAGGAGCAUCAGGCCCAGAUCUGUAGCGGCUCAAUGGAUAAGGCCGUGAAGAUUGUACUGGAGGAAGAUGAAGAGGGUGGUGGCAGAGGUGGCUCCAAGGGGCCGUCUUCAGGGGAGCUGGACAGUGCCUUCCAUGGCCCCCGUGACCACCCCAAGAUCUUCUACAUCAAGCAGGAGCGCUUUGACCCUGACGAGGCAGCAGUGGCAGCACUGGGAGGUGGUGUGAGUGCUGCAGGUGAGGCCAGCUUUCUCAAGUCGCUGGCACAGGGGCGGGCAUUGGGCAUGGCUGAGGUUCAGGGCCUGUGCCAGGCAGAGUUCCAGCCAAGCAGUGAAGUCAGUUACAUAAUCCCUGCUGCAGGCAGUGGUGCCACCUCCUCCUCCUCCAUCACUGCCCCUGGCUUCACCAUUAAGGCCCAGCCCCUCUCCUCCGAUGAGGCCGGCUUCCCCCAGAGCUCCUGGAAGCCAGUGGACCUACACGGCAAUGAGAUCAUUGCCCAUGCGGUGCAUGGCCAGGUGGUGCAUGCGCCCGUUAAAAUUGUGACGGCGCCUGAUGGAAAGAAGUUUGGCUGCCUUUGUGGCAAGCGCUUUGCCGUCAAGCCUAAGCGUGACCGGCACAUCAUGCUGACCUUCAGUUUGCGCCCCUUCGGCUGCUCCGUCUGCAACAAGAAGUUCAAGCUGAAACACCACCUGACGGAGCACAUGAAGACCCACGAUGGGAACCUGUAUUCAUGCGAGGACUGUGGGCGCAAGUUCCGUGUGCAGAACUGCUUCCUCAAGCACAAGGAGCUGUGCAAGGGCCAGGGCUGGGCCACUGCUUGCUGGACCUACAAAUAAAACCUGGGGUGGGACUGAGUGGAGGACUCCAGCCAGCCUUCUCUAGGCCUGAUCCAGCCCCUGAGCUCUGUUGC